UUCAAAAAAAUAUAUUAAAAUACAGAAAAAAAAAGAGAUGGAAUACUGGCACCAAUUGGUCAACGAGCAGAGGCAGAAAUUACUGCAAGAGGCGCAGCAGCCGGAGUCCAAAUAUGUUUCCGUUUACAGCCAUGAAGAUUCAGCCAUUCUUCCACCUUUGAUGACACCCCAGCGACGGCGGGAAAUGCAGCAACAUCGUGCCACCGCCUUGGCCAUCGAGGGGUACUUGAAGGUGAAGAAUGAAUGCAAGCCCAAGCCUUCCCCUAAACGAAAAUCCGAGCCAAAAAAGGCUGAAGGUGCCCCUUUAAUUGUUUUGGGACGCAUCCCGCAGCAGCUGCAACGCUCAAAGACUGUGAUCUACGACAAUAGCCUCAACAGGAUCAUCAAAUUCCCCACACCGACGCCAACAACCAUCGCCUCCUUCCCCUUGCUGUCCGAGGAGCCACCUCUGAUGGCUGUACAGCGGGCGGCGGUGAAGUUGUGUGGCCCGCUCUUUGCGGUGUCCAACAAAAGCCUCGUCGCCCGUGCCAUGCCCCCCGCAAAGCCCUUGAUUGCUGGCCCACGCAGAAUCACGCAAAAGUUGAGUGUGGUGGAGCGAGAGGAGCAGGAGAAGGGACAGAACCUGAGGCUGGAGCACAAGCACGCGAUGAACCUCAUUCAAGUGGCCAAGGCCAUACCGUGGGGCGUCUUCCAGAUUGCUCCACUGCUGCGCUCCAACACGGAUCCCAUUCUACAGCGUAUGCCACACUGCAGCACAGAAACGAGCCUCCAGGGAAUGCCACACAGCCACACAGAGUCGGAUCUUCAGCGGAAGAGCUCGAACACCGAGUGCAGCCUGAGGCUCCACCCACAGCUGUGGAAGCGGCAGAACACCGUCGUCCACAGCUGUCCCAAUACCCCAAAGAAACCAAUUUGUGGCGCAAACAAAAAGCAGCAAAGUGAGGCACAAGAAGAGCCAAAGGAAAAGCCCAAAGAAAGGCCAAAGGAAGCCCCGAAGAAAGAGCUCAAAAACGAUUCAAAGCAGGAGAGACAAAGCCAGGAGGGAAAGGGGGCCAAGGCCAAGGGAAGAUUCUCGCUUUCGCCGCGACGCCGUGCCCUGCCCCACAAUGUUUCGUGCUGCGGCCACGCCUUUUCUCCCUCGCUGACCAGCGCCACGCAGCGCAGGCGCAGCUACGACCCAAAGGCCUCCCUCAUGCGGGAUGCGGAGCAAAAGGUCGCGGGAAAGCAGCCUUCCCCCUGUAUCAGGGCCAGGGGUGGAGGACCCACUCAGCCACCUUCGAGUACGGCCAAGGCGGCAUCCUCCAUAUUGACGAUCGCACAGGAGCAGGAGGAGCAGCGCCAACGCUUCCUGGCACUCGUCUCCCAGCAGGCGGAGGAGCAGCAGCGUCUCCAAUCACGUUUCGAGGCACAGCAGCAGAUCCUCAUCGAUCAGAUGCUCCACGAAGUGAGGCAACUGUCGAGCGAGGCAGCAGAAUCCAUCGACUAGUCCGACAAUUCAUACCCGUUCCUGUUUCCCUUCCUCUGUCGUGUCAGCUACCUUGCGGAUUCGUCUAAUAAACCCAUCAGACAGCAUUA